AGUGACGGCGAUCUGGAGAGCAAGAGAUGCCGGCCGACGCCUGUGUGUCCAAAGCUGAUCAUGAAAACAGUAGAUGGAAAAAAUAUCAAAAUCAAAUAUGGAAUUUCUUCAACAACACAAGUGUUCAUGGAGUCAAAUAUCUAGCGGAAAUUACAAGACCGUACCCUGAGAGGAUACUGUGGCUUCUGAGUAUAGUUCUAUCCAUAAUUGUAUGUGGAUAUCUGAUCAGUAAAUCAUGGGAUGUCAGAUCAUCGUCUCCAGUAAUACUAGCGAUGGACAAGAAACAACGAGCCGUGUGGGAUAUCCCUUUCCCAGCAAUCACUAUUUGCCCUACUGAUAGAAUGAGACCAACAAUUGGCCUAACAAAGCAUAAAACAAAUGCCAUUCAUUGUGCAAUGAAUCUCAUUUGCGACAAAAAGUUUCCAUCAUCUCCCAAAUCUGAUGAAUUAUUCGUCACCACACCGUCUCUUUCCGCGGCCAUUUUCUUAGGACUAAAAAAUCGAACAGCAAAACCCAUACUUGCAAACGGAGGUUUAUGCUACUCUAUCAACAUGCUAACAGGAUCUGCAAUUUUUGCUAAUAAUACGUUUCAUAGAUCAGAAAAAUAUUUAGAUUACAAGGAAAUUGUCAACUGGCACAUAGAGAAGGGGUACACAUCGAAGAAUUCACCAAACUACCCUAAGCCAGCUCUUGGUUCAGGAGGCGAAGCUGGAAUGUUAAUAUUGUUGAAGAAUGAAGCUGCAUUCAGUAUAUCAAAAGCGUGCACUUUUGUUCACGGCUUUGAGGUACAAGUGCAUAAUCCCGUCGAUUUUCCUGGGGGAGGACAGAAAUAUUAUGCGCCUCUUAACAGCAUGGUGCAAGUGUUUGUCACGCCAGAAGAAGUGAUCACAGACGAUUUGAGAAGUUACACACCAGAACAACGUCAAUGCUAUUAUUCUGAUGAACGAAAACUCAAGUUCUUUAACGUUUACUCUCAGACCAACUGUGAACUGGAAUGUCUCUCUGAAGAGUCAUUAAAAUCUUGUAAUUGUGUUGAAUACUAUUUGCCACGUCACAAAGAUACCCCAGUAUGUCUCAAAAAGAAACAAAUCAGAUGCAGUGGUUUAGUAAAAGAGGAGAUUGCUUCCGCUUCAGGAAUGACUAGAGAGGACGUACAUCGUCCUGAGUCAGGAAUUAACUGCAAAUGCCUACCCAGUUGCAGUCAUGUGCGUUAUCGUUACCAUGCAGUUCACACUCCAAUGGAACGAAAACAACUGGAAGAAAUAUACAGGGAAAUGCAUGAAGUGACGGAUUAUGAAGACUGUGAUUUUACGAUUAUUCAAGUAUUAUUCACUGAAUCUCUCUUCAUACCAUUUCGGCGAUUGGAAUUGUAUGGCACAGUUGAAUUUCUGGCAAACUGUGGAGGCGUACUGGGACUGUGCUUAGGUGUCAGCGUUCUCAGCAUCAUCGAGAUCCUCUACUGGUUGCUGGUGCGGCCAUUUUUUCGGGCGCCUCCAAACCGAAGUGAACCCAAGGAAGCGGAGUCAGCAAACCUUACGGCCCUCUGAAGAGCGAACAGAUCUGCACCCCAGAACUCAAGACCUGAUUCAUUUUGUAAUUUACUUCUCCUAGAACUUUUACAACUGGAUUUUCAAUAUUUUUGAUCACAUGUUCUCAAGCACCAAGAAUAUAUUAUUAUUUGGAAAGAUAAAUAUUUUGUCAGAGUUUGUCAUUAUUUUAGAACCAACUCAACAUUCAGUGUUUAUUAUACACAUGCACGGGGAAUCCAAAGUGUACAUUUGUUCGUGAAUUCCCGAUAAAUAAAUUAUACCUAUUCUUCUUAUAGAAGAUUAUGUCUUUGCUUCAUAAAUUUAUUCUACAUCAACACUAUUACAAAAGCACCGCACGUGGGUCUUCAAAACCAAGCGAGGGUUGAGAGUUUGCUCUUUGUUGUCCAGUCAGCAAUUUAACCAAAGGGAGAUUUUCUUAUAUCUUAUGUGCUCAUGCUUCAGUGUUGUUUAUUAGAAACUUAGUAAUUGUGAGUUAUUAUAAGUAUUAUGUGUGUAUUAUCGCCAGUUGAAGAUGCAAGAUAAUCCAGUAUCUGGCUACAUAUCAAAUCUAUCUAUUAAAAUAAUAUCACGCAUACACAAUAAUAUCUUAAGUACAAAGUUGAAAUUAAUAACAAGCACCAUGGUCUGAUUGUUAUAUUUUAUUCUUGGUGAAAAAGCAUUUCUUUAUCGCAAAUCAGUGCAAAAACUGGCAGUUACUUGGCUUAAUAUAAAAAUUUCGGUAACAAAAAUAUAAUGAGCAGAGCCUCUGUCGAAAUCUGAUACAUCAUCUGUAAUUAUAAUUUAUAAUUUUAGAAUUAUUAAUAAGGAUACCGGUCGUCGAGAUCGUGUACAAAAGUGUAGAGUCCGCUCUGAACUAUCUGAAUUAACUAUUCAUUCAGGAGCAUACGUUUAUGUGAACAUUUGAUAUAUCAUUUUACUCACGUGACACUUUUCGAUAUUUUUCGGUUGAAUCCUGAUUCUCUCUUCUUAAUAGUAAUUAUGCAACUAGAUUAUGAUAAUCUUUAUUUCAGAUUUAUACGAAUGCAUUAAAGCAACAUUACGAGCUCUAUACGUUAUUUGUUUGCAUAACAGCAUUACAAAUGUAUAAGAGAAUCGAAGGUAAUUUUUGAAAACUAUUUUUAUGACUUCACACAUAUUUGAAAAUUGUGCGAAUAAACGGUGAUCGGGUGUGCGGUUUACGGCCAUUUCCCACGUUUACUCGCUGCGAUUGGCUGAAUGUGAGACGACGCUAUCAUUUGUGUGGUAAACGCCAUUUUAUAAACGAUUUCUUUCAAUGAAUAAUGUCGAAAUAAUGCUGGUAUUCAAAAAAAUAAGAUAUUAUUAGAAAUAUCAGAAUGAGUUCUUAACUUAGAAACCAUGCCAACUUGAACAUUUCAGCAUUUCUGUUUUUUUAAUAUACGCCUUUUCACUCUUUCCGUUUUAUAAUUCGUGACGUCCUUGAGUUUCAUAUCAUUACAAAAACAAUCUGUUUAAUAAUCAUCUGAUCAAAUGGUAACAUAUGUAAAUAAUUCUUAGUUAUAAAUUACAACUUGGAAUGUCAUUUUGUAAAAUUUGGAAUAAACGUUUACUGUA